AUGACUUUCUACGAUGAUAUUUAUCCAUUCUACAAUAUGAGAAGGACUUCCUUCAUCUUCAGUGGCCACUUGCUCACAGUUAUUGUGUGCUUCCUUGUCACGGCGCUUUGUCUACUACUCAUUCUGCCCGGCAUUCGAGGAAAACCGCGGCUGUUCUGGCUGUUGAGGAUCGUUUUGAGCUUAUUUAUCGGUGCUGUCAUCGUUGCACUCAACUUUGCUGACAACUGGGCCGAGGCCCGUAUGACCACAAAUGCCACCUACAAGUCUUUCAGCAAUGCGGUGGUUCACGCCGACAUCGGCCUACAUGUUGGCUUGUAUGGCAUUAAUGUCACACUCAAAGGGAAUCCUGUAAUCCAGUUGAAUGAGACAAUCGACUACAAUGAGAUGUUCACCUGGCACGAUACUAUCGAAGAGGAGUAUAAGGCAGCAUUGGAGAAAGGGCUUCCGAACCCCAUCCUCUACAUUGCUGAAAAAUUCACAGUCAACAGUCCGUGCGGCCUCAUCUUUCACUACAGACACUCUGGGCGAUACGCAUCUGCGACUCUCUGGACGGCAUUCUGCUGCUGGAUGCUGGCCAAUGUCCUUCUCUCCAUGCCAGUCAUUUUAUAUGCCGGCUAUAUGAUGUUGGCUACAGGUGCCUUCAUCUUUAUCUCUACAGCCGCUUUCACCGCCGUCAAGAAUGCGCCACAGUGCGUUUUCUCAAUUGGGACAGCUUCUUUUGAAGCCGAGUACAGCCUUUCCUUCUGGCUGGCUCUAGCUACCGGUGCACUGUGUACUAUCAUCGGAGUUGUAGUUGUGAUGAUGAACUUUUUGGUACCUGAGAAGAUAAAAGAGGCUUUCAGUGUGGGUAUGGAAACCUGUGAAGAUGAGGACGUGUCUUAUGGGGAAACAUACCUGAAUUCAGCCAUCCUUGAUCAUGUGACAGUCUCACCAGGAGCAUGUCUGACUCCUUCCUUCUCUCAAAUUUUUGUGCUCAAGACUUGA